CAUCACUCAGAAUAUCACUUCGAAGACAACGACGAUUAGGUCACUCCGACCAUUGUGAAAUCAUGAUUCGGUCGAGGGCAGUUAAUGGCAACAAUACCGUUGGGAAGAGCGCAGGAACCUCCGCGAAACGAGGAACUAGACCUGGCAUAAGAAAAGCUCCUCGAAAAGAAAGUGCCAAUCCUUUCGCAGCAAUACUGUAUGCGGUGCUCUUUAUCAUGAUCUGUGCGACUGUGGGGGGAUUUUAUGAAACGAGUUCUAUGAGUGCUUCAGACAAAGUACCACCGCCGAGACAGUUGAAGACCAAUCCCAGAUUAAUUCUUGACAAGAUUCGCAAAGAGUUCAAUGCACGUUACAAUGUUAGUGRCAAAAUAGAYGGCCAAAAAAUGCUAGAAAAGGGAUUGCACUCUUUUGGUUCAAUUGACCAUACCGCUCGCCGCAUCAUGGAGGCCGCCAGGGCACAGCGUCCCUUCGUCAUGGCCUUUUCGGGUUACUCUAUCACGGUCGGACGAGGAAAUUUCUAUAAACAAUCCUUUCCGUUCGUAGCAGAAGAAAUCCUCAAAGGACCGAUGCAAGAACUUUUCAACAUUCCAUUGGUGGUCCGCAAUGCAGCCAUUGGUGGAAUUCCCUCAUUUCCCUACGGAUUUUGUAUGGAACAUUUCUUGGGGAGCGACCCGGACGUGAUCUCGUGGGACUACAGCAUGAACGAAAAGUCGAAAGACGCCAGUGUUUUCGAGGCUUUCUUGCGGCAGGCCACGAAACAACUGCCGAAGCGACCCAUGGUUAUCAUGAUGGAUACGAAUGCCAACCGUAUGAAAACCCUUGACACAUACACCCAAAAUGGGUGGCUCAAGGACGCCAUUGCGAUCGGUAACAAGGACAUUUUGAAACAAGCAAACAUUUUCGAAGGUGAUGCGCAAGAUUUGCCAACUGGAUUUCAAGAUUGGAAUGAAUUUGGUGCGGUGAGUCGAUUCUUUCUUCGAUUGUGCCUAUUUUUUAUUGGAAGUACUGAACACGAUGAAUGAGAUCUUCUGGGAAAUUUUGUGUUGCAAUGGAUGCCUUCACAAAGAUGUUACAUACAUAUUGUAUUGGCAAGAACAAGUACUCGCGAAGAAUUAUUUUCGCACGUUUCUGCUCGUUCUCUUUUCUUUUACUGUAUCCUAAAACUUUCCUUUUGUGACGAAACUCCACUUAUUUACAGCCCGCGAAUUGUCCAGGACGAGGUAGCUGGCAUCCAAAAAAGCAAGAGCAUUCUAUGAUGGGAUGGAUGAUCGCUAUGCAUUUUAUUGAGGCGAUGGAUAGGGCCUUGAAAUUGUCGUCCGAAGAAGAACCAAGCCAGACCUCGCGCAUGCUGUCGGUGGAGAUGCCAAAACUAGGAGCAC